AUGCAGUUCAAGACCCUCCUCUCCAUCUCUGUCGCCAUCGUCGGAGCCAUCGCCCAGGACGACCCCCUCUCCCUGCUCCCUGAGUGCGCCAAGAGCAAGCUCACUACCGCCUUCGAGGCCACCGGCUGCACCUCCCAGACAGACACCGCCUGCUGGUGCCCCAACAAGGACCUGAAGUCCGCCGUCGAGAACGUCGUCGGCGGCACCACCGUGUGCGGCGACGCCGCUGGCAGGCAGCUGAUUGGCGGCACGUGGAACAAGAAGUGCCCUGACAACACUGUCACCAUCGCCUAA